AUGUGCGACGGAAACCUGACAGACCCUCCGGUUUUUUUCGCUCACGUGGUUGCUUCGAACGGGGUAGAAUGGGGGCAGGAGAAGGAGAGGAACGACUGCAACAUGUUCAACCUCGGGACCAACUGCCGCAGUUGUUUCAACACCUGCGACGCUGCACUGACCUUCGCCUACGAGUUUCUCUUUACGGACGCCGAGAUCGCCUUCUGUCCCGGAAGCGGCAUCACCUCGAUCGAUGACUGCGCGAACAGCGAGGGACAACGCGCCCUGACCAACAACGGGGAGGGGCUGGGCGGUGAUGCCUUCGAUCCCAUGUACGGCUGGGAGCCCACGCCGGCGCCCACGUCCGUGUCCUACCACUUCGACUUCGACGAGCCAACGCCGACGCCGGUGAUGAUAAUGGAAACCCCACAGCAGGUCGACGGCCGCCGUCCACGGCCUCGCCACCCUGAAGGAACACCGGUGCCGACAUAUCUGUCCUUCGACUUCGACCCCGACCACCCAACGCCGGCACCCGUGACGGAGGGCCCGCAGCCGGUCGACGCCCGCCGUCCCCGGCCUCGCCAGCCUGAAGCAACACCGGUGCCGACAUAUCUGUCCUUCGACUUCGACCCCGACUACCCAACGCCGGCACCGGUGCCAGAGGGCCCACGGCCAGUCGACGGCCGCCGUCCUCGCCACCCUGAAGGAACACCGGUACCGACAUACCUGUCCUUCGACUUCGACCCCGACCACCCAACGCCGACACCUAUCGGAGAAGGCCCGCAGCCGGUCCGUGGCGGCCGUCCCCGGCCUCGCCACCCUGAAGGAACACCUGUACCGACAUACGUAUCGUUCGACUUCGACCCUGACUACCCAACGCCGGCACCGGUGAAUGGCGGCCCGCAGUCAGUCGACGGUCACCGUCCUCGCCACCCUGAAGGAACACCGGUGCCGACGUGCAUGUCCUUCGACUUCGACUUCGACAUGCCAACGCCGGCACCGGUGAUGGAGGGCCCGCAGCCGGGCCAUGACCGAAAUCCCCGACCUCGCCAUCCUAAGGGAACACCUGUACCGACAUACCUGUCCUUCGACUUCGACCCCGACUACCCAACGUCGGCACCUGUGACGGACGGCCCGCAGCCGGUCGAUGACCGCCAUACUCGCCACCCUGAAGGAACACCGGUACCGACAUAUCUGUCCUUCGACUUCGACCCCGACUACCCAACGCCGGUACCUGUGAUGGAGGGCCCGCAGCCGGUCGACAGCCGCCGUCCCCGGCCUCGCCACCCUGAAGGAACACCGGUGCCGACAUACCUGUCCUUCGACUUCGACCCCGACUACCCAACGCCGGCACCGGUGAUGGAGGGCCCGCAGCCGGGCCAUGACCGAAAUCCCCGACCUCGCCAUCCUAAGGGAACACCUGUACCGACAUACCUGUCCUUCGACUUCGACCCCGACUACCCAACGUCGGCACCUGUGACGGACGGCCCGCAGCCGGUCGAUGACCGCCAUACUCGCCACCCUGAAGGAACACCGGUACCGACAUAUCUGUCCUUCGACUUCGACCCCGACUACCCAACGCCGGUACCGGUGAAAGAGGUCCCGCAGCCCGUCGACGGUCACGGUCCUCGCCACCCUGAAGGAACACCGGUGCCGCCAUACAUGUCCUUCGACUUCGACUUCGACUACCCAACGCCGGCACCGGUGUUGAAGGGCCCGCAGCCGGUCGAUGGCCGCCGCCCCCGGCCUCGCCAGCCUGAAGGAACACCGGUGCCGACAUAUCUGUCCUUCGACUUCGACUUCGACUACCCAACGCCGGCACCGGUGGUAGAGGGCCCGCAACCGGUCGACGGCCGCCGUCCGCGGCCUCGCCAGCCUGAAGCAACACCGGUGCCGACAUAUCUGUCCUUCGACUUCGACUUCGACUACCCAACGCCGGCACCGGUGGUAGAGGGCCCGCAACCGGUCGACGGCCGCCGUCCGCGGCCUCGCCAGCCUGAAGCAACACCGGUGCCGACAUAUCUGUCCUUCGACUUCGACUUCGACUACCCAACGCCGGCACCGGUGGUAGAGGGCCCGCAACCGGUCGACGGCCGCCGUCCGCGGCCUCGCCAGCCUGAAGCAACACCGGUGCCGACAUAUCUGUCCUUCGACUUCGACCCCGACUACCCAACGCCGGCACCGGUGGUAGAGGGCCCGCAACCGGUCGACGGCCGCCGUCCGCGGCCUCGCCAGCCUGAAGCAACACCGGUGCCGACAUAUCUGUCCUUCGACUUCGACCCCGACUACCCAACGCCGGCACCGGUGGUAGAGGGCCCGCAACCGGUCGACGGCCGCCGUCCGCGGCCUCGCCAGCCUGAAGCAACACCGGUGCCGACAUAUCUGUCCUUCGACUUCGACCCCGACCACCCAACGCCGGCUCCUGUGACGGAGGGCCCGCAGGCGUUCGACGGCCGCCGUCCCCGGCCUCGCCACCGUGAAGCAACACCGGUGCCGACAUAUCUGUCCUACGACUUCGACACCGACUACCCAACGCCGGCACCGGUGAUGGAGGGCCCGCAGCCGGUCGACGGCGACCGUCCCCGGCCUCGCCACCCUAAAGCAACACCGGUGCCGACAUACCUGUCCUUCGACUUCGACUUCGACUACCCAACGCCGGCACCGGUGAUGGAGGGCCCGCAGCCGGUCGACGGCGCCCGUCCCCGGCCUCGCCACCCUAAUGCAACACCGGUGCCGACAUACCUGUCCUUCGACUUCGACUUCGACUACCCAACGCCGGCACCGGUGAUGGAGGGCCCGCAGCCGGUCGACGGCGCCCGUCCCCGGCCUCGCCACCCUAAUGCAACACCGGUGCCGACAUACCUGUCCUUCGACUUCGACCCCGACUACCCAACGCCGGCUCCUGUGACGGAGGGCCCGCAGCCGGUCGACGGCCGCCGCCCCCGGCCUCGCCACCCUGAAGGAACACCGGUGCCGACGUCCCUGUCCUUCGACUUCGACUUCGACUACCCAACGCCGGCUCCUGUGAUGGAGGGCCCGCAGCCGGUCGACCGCCGCCGCCCCCGGCCUCGCCACCCUGAAGGAACACCGGUGCCGACGUCCCUGUCCUUCGACUUCGACUUCGACUACCCAACGCCGGCUCCUGUGAUGGAGGGCCCGCAGCCGGUCGACCGCCGCCGCCCCCGGCCUCGCCACCCUGAAGGAACACCGGUGCCGACGUCCCUGUCCUUCGACUUCGACUUCGACUACCCAACGCCGGCUCCUGUGAUGGAGGGCCCGCAGCCGGUCGACCGCCGCCGCCCCCGGCCUCGCCACCCUGAAGGAACACCGGUGCCGACGUCCCUGUCCUUCGACUUCGACUUCGACUACCCAACGCCGGCUCCUGUGAUGGAGGGCCCGCAGCCGGUCGACCGCCGCCGCCCCCGGCCUCGCCACCCUGAAGGAACACCGGUGCCGACGUCCCUGUCCUUCGACUUCGACUUCGACUACCCAACGCCGGCUCCUGUGAUGGAGGGCCCGCAGCCGGUCGACCGCCGCCGCCCCCGGCCUCGCCACCCUGAAGGAACACCGGUGCCGACGUCCCUGUCCUUCGACUUCGACUUCGACUACCCAACGCCGGCUCCUGUGAUGGAGGGCCCGCAGCCGGUCGACCGCCGCCGCCCCCGGCCUCGCCACCCUGAAGGAACACCGGUGCCGACGUCCCUGUCCUUCGACUUCGACUUCGACUACCCAACGCCGGCUCCUGUGAUGGAGGGCCCGCAGCCGGUCGACCGCCGCCGCCCCCGGCCUCGCCACCCUGAAGGAACACCGGUGCCGACGUCCCUGUCCUUCGACUUCGACUUCGACUACCCAACGCCGGCUCCUGUGAUGGAGGGCCCGCAGCCGGUCGACGGCGACCGUCCCCGGCCGCGCCACCCCAAAGCAACACCGGUGCCGACGUCCCUGUCCUUCGACUUCGACACCGACUACCCAACGCCGGAAUCUGUGACGGAGGGCCCCCACCCGGUCGACGGCCGCCGCCCCCGGCCUCGCCAGCCUAAAGCAACACCGGUGCCGACAUACCUGUCCUUCGACUUCGACACCGACUACCCAACGCCGGCACCGGUGGUAGAGGGCCCGCAACCGGUCGAUGGCCGCCGUCCCCGGUCUCGCCACCCUGAAGGAACACCGGUGCCGACAUACCUGUCCUUCGACUUCGACCCCGACUACCCAACGCCGGCACCGGUGAUGGAGGGCCCGCAGCCGGACGAUGGCCGCCGCCCACGGCCUCUCCAGCCUGAAGCAACACCAGCGCCGACGUCCCUGUCUUUCGACUUCGACCCCGACUACACAACGCCGGCACCGGUGAUGGAAGGCGCGCAGCCGGUCGACGGCCGCCGUCCCCGGCCUCGCCACCCUGAAGGAACACCGGCGCCGACAUAUCUGUCCUACGACUUCGACACCGACUACCCAACGCCGGCUCCUGUGAUGGAGGGCCCCCACCCGGUCGACGGCCGCCGCCCUCGCCACCGUGAAGCAACACCGGUGCCGACAUCCCUGUCCUUCGACUUCGACUUCGACAUGCCAACGCCGGCACCGGUGAUGGAGGGCCCGCAGCCGGUCGACGGCCGCCGUCCCCGGCCUCGCCACCCUGAAGGAACACCGGCGCCGACAUAUCUGUCCUUCGACUUCGACUUCGACUACCCAACGCCGGCUCCUGUGAUGGAGGGCCCCCACCCGGUCGACGGCCGCCGCCCUCGCCACCGUGAAGCAACACCGGUGCCGACACACCUGUCCUUCGACUUCGACACCAACUACCCAACGCCGGCACCGGUGAUCGAGGGCCCGCAGCCGGUCGACGGCGACCGUCCCCGGCCGCGCCACCCCAAAGCAACACCGGUGCCGACAUACCUGUCCUUCGACUUCGACCCCGACUACCCAACGCCGGCACCGGUGAUCGAGGGCCCGCAGCCGGUCGACGGCCGCCGUCCCCGACCUCGCCACCCUGAAGGAACACGAGUACCGACAUACCUAUCCUUCGACUUCGACCCUGACUACACAACUCCGGCACCCGUGACGGAGGACCCGCAGCCGGUGGACGGCCGCCGUCCCCGACCUCGCCACCCUGAAGGAACACCGGUACCGACAUACCUGUCCUUCGACUUCGACCCCUACUACGCAACGCCGGUACCGGUGAAAGAGGUCCCGCAGCCGGUCGAUGGCCGCCGUCCACGGCCUCGCCAGCCUGAAGCAACACCAGCGCCGACGUCCCUGUCCUUCGACUUCGACUUCGACUACACAACGCCGGCACCGGUGAUGGAAGGCGCGCAGCCGGUCGACGGCCGCCGUCCCCGACCUCGCCAGCCUGAAGGAACACCGGCGCCGACAUAUCUGUCCUACGACUUCGACUUCGACUACCCAACGCCGGCUCCUGUGAUGGAGGGCCCCCAACCGGUCGACGGCCGCCGCCCUCGCCACCCUGAAGCAACACCGGUGCCGACAUAUCUGUCCUUCGACUUCGACUUCGACAUGCCAACGCCGGCACCGGUGAUGGAAGGCGCGCAGCCGGUCGACGGCCGCCGUCCCCGACCUCGCCAGCCUGAAGGAACACCGGCGCCGACAUAUCUGUCCUACGACUUCGACUUCGACUACCCAACGCCGGCUCCUGUGAUGGAGGGCCCCCAACCGGUCGACGGCCGCCGCCCUCGCCACCCUGAAGCAACACCGGUGCCGACAUAUCUGUCCUUCGACUUCGACUUCGACAUGCCAACGCCGGCACCGGUGAUGGAGGACCCGCAGCCGGUCGACGGCGACCGUCCCCGGCCGCGCCACCCCAAAGCAACACCGGUGCCGACAUACAUGUCCUUCGGCUUCGACACCGACUACCCAACGCCGGAAUCUGUGACGGAGGGCCCCCACCCGGUCGACGGCGGCCGCCCCCGGCCUCGUCACCCGGAAGCAACACCGGUGCCGACAUACCUGUCCUUCGACUUCGACCCCGACUACCCAACGCCGGCUCCUGUGACGGAGGGCCUGCAGCCGGUCGACAGCCGCCGUCCCCGGCCUCGCCACCCUGAAGGAACACCGGCGCCGACGUCCCUGUCCUUCGACUUCGACCCCGACUACCCAACGCCGGCUCCUGUGACGGAGGGCCUGCAGCCGGUCGACAGCCGCCGUCCCCGGCCUCGCCACCCUGAAGGAACACCGGCGCCGACGUCCCUGUCCUUCGACUUCGACCCCGACUACCCAACGCCGGCUCCUGUGACGGAGGGCCUGCAGCCGGUCGACAGCCGCCGUCCCCGGCCUCGCCACCCUGAAGGAACACCGGCGCCGACGUCCCUGUCCUUCGACUUCGGCACCGACUACCCAACGCCGGCACCGGUGACAGAGGACCCGCAGCCGGUCGACGGCCACCGUUCACGGCCUCGCCAGCCUGAAGCAACACCGGUGCCGACAUACUUAUCUUUCGACUUCGACCCCGACUACCCAACACCGGCACCAGUGACGGAGGGCCCGCAGCCGGUCGACGCCCGCCGUCCACGGCCUCGCCACUCUGAAGGAACACCAAUGCCGACAUACUUAUCGUUCGACUUCGACUCCGACUACCCAACGCCAGCACCCGUGACGGAGGGCCCGCUGCUGGUCGACGGCCGCCGUCCCCGACCUCGCCGCCCGGAAGGAACACCGGUGCCGACGUCCCUGUCCGUCGACUUCGACCCCGACUACCCAACGCCGGCACCGGUGACGGAGGACCCGCAGCCGGCCGACGGCGGCCGUCCCCGGCCUCGCCACCCUGAAGCAACACCGGUGCCGACGUCUCUGUCUUUCGACUUCGACCCCGACUACACAACACCGGCACCGGUGACGCAGGGGCCGCAGCCGGUGGACGGCCGCCGCCCCCGGCCUCGCCACCCGGAAGGAACGCCGGAGCCGACGUCCGUGUCCUUCGACUUCGACUUCGACUACCCAACGCCCGCACCUGCGACGGAGGGCCCGCAGCCGGUCGAAGACCGCCGCCCCCGACCUCGCCACCCGGAAGGAACACCGGUGCCGACGUCCCUGUCCUUCGACUUCAACUUCGACCGGCCAACGCCGGAACCUGAGACCGAGGUCCUGCAGCCGGUCGCCAAGCCCGAGAAGUCAUGGCCGUCAGCUCCCAGUAUGCCUCCGAGCUCACGGUCACCGACGGCCCCAGUGGAAGAGACGACAACGGCUCCGGCUUCAUCCGGCAGGCCCCAGUCGCCUUCUCCGGCAGUGGCACCGUCCCCGAUCUCCACAGCCCCAGACACUUCGCCGUCGCCAGCUACCCUACCCGCCCCGAGCACACUGGCGCCCGCUGGAGGCAUCAACCGGCCGCCUUCACCCACGGGAGCGCCUCGAACAAACCCUGCGGUGACGCCCACAUCAACUACCGAGACUCCGACCGCCCCCCCCGCUGGUACUGCCCCCACCGCCGGCGCGGCUAUGCCUUCGGCUCCUUCUCCCAUUAUUCCGAGCGCCCCGACACCCAUGUCCUACGACUUCGACUUCGACGACCCAACCCCGGCGCCGGUGUCUGAAGGCCGGCAGCCUGUGCCCACUCCUGGGCAGCCAUCACCACCGACCCCCAGCACGGCUCCGAGCUCACGGUCACCGACUGUGCCAGUGGAAGAGGUGACGCCGGCUCCGGCGUCAUCCGGGAGGCACCAAUCGCCUUCUCCGGCGGUGACACCGUCCCCGAUCUCCACAGCCCGCGACGCUUCACCAUCCCCAGCUACUAUUCCCACCCCGAGUCAUGACCCUUCCCCCGCUACCACGCUGACUCCCGCAGGAGGCAAGAACCAGGCGCCAUCACCCACGGACGCGCCUCGAACAGACUCUUCCGCGGUACCAACGUCGACUGCCGAGCCUGCGGCCGCCGCCCCCGUCGCCGCCGCCCCCACCGCCGGCACGGCUAUGCCUUUGAAGCCUUCUCCCAUCAUGCCGAGCGCCUCGUCAUCUAUGUCUUUCGACUUUGACUCCGACUUCGAUAUCCCAACACCGGCGCCGGUGCCUGAGGGCCCGCAGCCUGUCGCCACUCCUGGACAGCCAUCACCACCAACUCCCAGCACCGCUCCGAGCUCGCGACCACCAACGGCGCCAGUGGCAGAGACGACGACGGCUCCGGCUUCAUCCGACAAGCAACGGUCACCGUCUCCACCUUCACCUUCUCCUUCCCCGGUGGUGGCGCCGGCCCCGAUCUCCACAGCCCCAGACGCGUCAUCACCGCCAGCUACUGUGCCCGCUUCGACUCAUGACCCUUCCACCGCUGUUACCCUGGCGCCCGCUGGAGGGAAGAACCAGGCGCCUCCGCCCACGGACGCACCUCGAACAGACCCUGCCGCGGCGCCCACGUCGACAACCAAGCCUCCCGUCGCCGCCCCUACCGCUGCCGCCCCCACCGUUGCCGCACCUUCCAUGCCCUCGGCGCCUUCUCCCACCAUGCCUUCGGCGCCUUCUCCCACCAUGCCGAGCGCCCCGACGUCUAUGUCCUACGACUUGGAUUUCGACGGGCCAACGCCGCCGCCUGUGAUGGAGGGCGUGCAGCCUGACGCCACGCCUGGGAUGCUAUCACCGUCAGACCCCAGCACGCCUCCGAGCUCACGAUCGCCGACGGCGCCAGCGGUAGAGACGACGACGGCUCCAUCUUCAUCCGACAGGCAGCGGUCACCGUCUUCACCUUCACCUUCUCCUUCCCCGAUGGUGGCACCGGCCCCGAUCUCCACAGCCCCAGAAGUUUCGCCAUCACCAGCUACUAGGCCCGCCCCGAUCCAUGACUCUUCCACCGCUGCCACGCUGGCGCCCGCUGGAGGCAAGAACCAGGCGCCGUCACCCACGGACGCGCCUCAAACACUCCCCGCCGCCGCGCCUACGCCGACUAGCGAGCCUCCCGCCGCCGCCCCCUCCGCCGCCGCCGCCCCAACCGCGGCUUCCACCCCUGCCAUGCCUUCGGCGCCUUCUUCCACAAUCCCCACAGCCCCGACGGCCAUGUCCUACAACUUCGACUUCGAUGAACUGACGCCGGCGCCUGUGUCUGAGGGCGCGCAGCCUGUCGCCACGCCUGGACAGCCAUUACCACCAACUCCCAGCACCGCUCCGAGCUCACGAUCGCCAACGGCGCCAGUGGCAGAGACGACGGCGGCUCCGGCUUCGUCCGACACGCAGCAAUCACCGUCUCCACCCUCUCUUUCUCCAUCCUCGGUGGUGGCGCCGGCCCCGAUCUCCACAGCCCCAGACGUUUCGCUAUCGCCAGCUGCUAGGCCCGCCCCGAGCCAUGACCCUUCCCCCACUGCCACGCUGGCGCCCUCUGGAGUCAAGAACCAGGUGCCUUCGCCGACCAGUGCGCCUCGAGCAGAUCCCGCUGCGGCGCCCACGUCGACGAUCGAGCUUCCGGCCGCCGCCCCUGCCAUGCCUUCGGUGCCUUCUCCCGCCAUGCCGAGCGCCCCGACAUCCAUGUCCUACGACUUCGACUUCGACGGGCCAACGCCGGCGCCUGCGUCGGAGGGCCUGCAGCCCGUCGCCACGCCCGGACAGCCAUCACCGCCAAUCCCCAGCACGCCUCCGAGCUCACGGUCACCGACAGCGCCGGUGGAAGAGACGACGACGACGGCUCCGGUUUCAUCCGACAGGCAGCGGUCACCGUCUUCACCUUCGCCUUCUCCGGUGGUGGCACCGGCCCCGGUCUCCACCGCACCAGACGCUUCACCGUCGCCAGCUACAACCCUGCCCGCCCCAACCGCCGCCGCCGCUACCCCAACCGCCGCCGACGCGCCAACCGCCGCCGCACCCCCCACGGCCGCUGCCGCGCCUGCCACCCCUCCGGUGCCUUCUCCUACCAUACCUUCGGCGCCUUCUCCCAUCAUGCCCAACGCCCCGACGGCCAUGUCCUACGACUUCAACUUCGACGACACAACACCGGCGCCUGUGUCCGAGGGCCUGCAGCCGUCGCCAAUGGGAGCGCCUCGAGCAGACCCCGCCGCGGCGCCCACAUCGACUACCGAGCCUCCGGCCGCCGCCCCCACCGCCCCGGCCACGCCUUCUGCGCCUUCUCCCACCAUGCCGAGCGCCCCGACGUCUACCCCACCCACCGUUGCUGGUCAGGAGCCCGCAGCGACUCCAGAGCCCAUUUCCCAGCCGAGCGAGAGGGGGUCCGUGGCUCCCACCUCCGCCGGUACUACCCCCGCGCCUUCGACGCCGGGGGGCUCGUGGACUCAAGUACCGGCCGCCGCAGGAGCUCCACCGCCGGCAUCUGGGGACGUCUUUACCUGCCCGCCGCCCGUGCCUUGCAUCUGCGAAGCGCCUGCCGAACCCACGCCGACGGCAGCACCGACAUCGGAGGCAACAUCGGUGACGGUGGCGGCGGGGGUUACCACCGCCCCAGCUGCGAUGCCCACGGCCUCUCAUCCAGGAACGCCCACGAGCAACACGCCCUCACCCACGCAGGACGGAAGCCUCCCGAUGGCGACGCCCUCGCCGACACCGACACCGACGCCGCACAGCCAGACCGCACCCACUAUGCCCGGCGGGUCCGACUCGAGCACCGACGAGUUCGAAGACGAUGACGACGGCCUCUUCUACUUGCCGGAGGACCCCGACUCGAUCGACGGCUUCCAGGACGAUGACAAUUUCUUCUACUUCCCGGAUGGCGAGUUCGACGAGCCCGACGCGACCCCCGCUCCUCGUGCAAUCCCCGCUCCCGUCGCCGGCCGCUCGCAGCCUUACACGCCAACGCCGGCGGUGGUAGCUGACGAGGAUGAGGAGGAGGUGGACUGUGUGUCGCUCCUCUCUCCCGAGAUGUUGAUGGAGCUAGCCCAAAAGGACAAGGGUGUUUACUACGAGAAGGACUGCCAGGGCCUGCACUGCAACAUGUUCGGGAUUGGCUGGGACUGCAGGGCCUGCUACAUGGACUGCGCAGCCUGCGAGGGAGACCAGGAAGACCUGGGAACGUGA